CGGUGGUGACGCCACUAUCGGCCGUUCUCUGUGUCUGGACCAGAUCCGGCCUUGGUUCCCAUGGCGACCGCGGUGCGCUUGGAGCUGGGCCGCUUGGUUCAGGAGGCCGCGGCCCUUGCGGGGGUGGUCCGCGGGUCUCUCGGCCCCCACGGAGGGCAGGUUCUGCUCACCCGCCCCACGGGAGAGGUCCUGCUUUCCCGAGACGGACGGCGUGUGCUGGAGGCCCUGAAUGUGGACUCGCCAACGGCCAGAAUUAUGAUAGCAUGCAUUUCUACACACUGCAAUUUAUUUGGAGAUGGUGCUAAAACAUUUAUCAUUCUGCUUUCUGAUUUACUACAACAAUUUGAAAAACUUAAUAAAAGAGAUCAAGGAAAAUACUGCAGUUUGAAACACAUUUCCCAGUUUCUUGUGAAGAUUCAAACAAACAUCCUGGAUCAUAUAAUGACAUGGGACCUUAAGAAACAUUUUCGGUCAAUCUUUUCUGCUUCUGAUUCAGAUAUAAGACGGAGUAUGGAGUUAAUGUUAGAACCUUAUUUUUGUGGGAAAGUAGGAACUAAUAGACAAAAGCUCCUAACUCAUUUGGCAUGUGAUUUCUACUUCAAAGUUACAGCUGGUAAAAAGCAGAAUGAGGCAUUAUACUUGGUGAAUGAACAUUUUGCAGAACUGCACACCACUGUGACAGGCCUUCCUUUUUCAGAUUCCAGGAUCCUAGAUGGCGUACUACUUCACAGAGACUUUGCAGUAUACUGUCCUGCAGAUGGUGAUAAAAGAAUUAUAAUAAUAACAGAACCUAUUCAUUCCUCUGUAUCUGAGUUGGGUAUAGAAGUUGUCAUAACUGCGGAAGGUGAAUUCAAGGCAUCAGAAACCUGGAUUACAAAAAGAACCCAAACUCUUCUACAGCACUUGCAAGACAAUGACAUCAAAGUAAUACUAUCAGGUGUAAAACAGCAUGCUAUUGUUCAUCGCUGUGCAAAAAAUAAUGGCAUAUCUAUUGCAGAUUGCUUGUUGAUGGAGGAAAUCUCUCUUAUUUGCAAGAUUACUGGAAUUUCACCUUUCAAACCAUCUUUGGAUGACAUUAACAGUGAAAUCACUCAAACAGCUGUAGCAAAAUUUUGCCAGCCCUUCCACCUUGGAAUCAAAAGAUUUGUUCACAUUGGCUUUGCGAAAACCUCUACCAUCCAGCUUCAUUGUGUGAUUCUCUGUGGACCAGUACAUGGAGUUACAGAGCAACACGCGUCUGCUUUUCGUGAAGCAUUCAAAAUGCUACAACAAAUGUUUACAGCAAUUCAACUGUCUCAGAACUGUGACUCGGAACUGGAAAAUCACUGUCUUUUGAAUAGUCGAAAUAAAACUCAGCAACAUUUAUCUCCCCAUCAGCCGUUAUUUCAGGAACGCAAUGAUUGGAGAAAACUUCAAACCAACACCAAGCACCUUACACCUUGUGGGCUUAAAAUGGAGAAACGCUCUGCAUCUUUUUCUGUGGGAGAUGAAAAGUUACUCCAUUCAUCCAGUUAUAAUUCUUCAAGCAUAGCCAUGCCUUCUGUUGAUGUGAUGCAUGGUAUUAAGAGCUCAUUAUUCCAGAAAAAGGCUGAUGAGUUAAUUGGCUGUCGAGCGACUUCUUUAAAACAGACGUUUCAAAAAGAAAGGUUGCAAAUGACUGAGACCGAACUUCUUGAAGAUAAUCAGCCUGCUUAUAAUACAGUUGAUAAAAAUGUACAGCUGCAAGCUGGUACAGUCAGUUGUGCCAGGCUUCUUAAAUAUGAUGGGAACGAUAAAAGGGGUAAUCAGAAUGAUUCUGACUCUUACAUAGAAUCGGGAACAGUUUUGCCAGUAGGCGGGCUCUUUGAAAUUCUGUUACAUUACUAUCUAUCUAACUACGCAAAACAAUGCCAGUCAUCAAAUACAUCCAUCAUUUGUUCUAUAGUUGCUGAUGUAUUGCUUAGUGUUCCAAAAACACUCUGCCUGACACAAAAAAGGAAUGCUUUUCCUCAGCUCUGUCUUCAAGUUACCAAUGCCCUCAAAAGCAAUCAGCAGCUUCUGCCAGAUCAAAAGCUUCUAGAAUCAGUGUCUUGUAAGUAUCACUUAGUAGCUUCUGUGCUUCAGUGUGCAGCGCAGUUGCUUAGUGUUGACCUAAUCAUUAGCAUUAAAAGGCUACCACAGAAGGCUGAAGAGAGCGACUCAGAAGUCGAUGGGUAAAAGCAGACUCCUUAUAUACUGGAGGGAAUCUCAUUCAUCUUGUCUGAUUUCUUCUUUUCUCCCCUAAUUCUUCGUGAAAGGACCCCAAAGGAGAGGAAAGAGAAAUACUAUAACCAUAUUACUCUUCCUUAUUCAGAUUUCUGAUUACUAAUAAGGACUUCCAAAUAUUUGGCUUUUGCAAGAACUAUCCCCAAGUUUAUUUACAUUGCCUCAAAUUUCAUGCAGUAUAGAUCAAAAUCAAAAUUGAACGGAGGGGCAUUAGAUACUCACACUAGUAUCAGUGAUAGACAAAAAAUGUCCUUACCUUUACACACACAGAAUGCAUUGGGGAAAAAAAAAAUAAGAGGCAGUAAUUAUUAUAUUUUCCCUGAAAAAUCAAUAUGAACUUAUUUCCAGAAGUGGUUCCUUAUAAAGGCAACCUUUAGGGGGUGGGUGUCAAACAUAUCAGCUCUGCAUUUGUUCAGUUUGUGUGUUAAAUCUUGUCAUGACUUUCUUCUAGAUCAGACAUGUCAAACUCGUGACGUAGCAAGAUGUAUCGGGACAGUUUUGCCAUUGCUGGCAGUGGGGUGGGUGCGGCUUCCAGAUGAUGCAUUUGGCCCACGGGCCGGCAGUUUGACACCCCUGUUAGAUGCUUGAGGUAGUGUCGGUAUCACUCUAAGUUUUUCAAAGUUGACAGAGAGAAUGUGACUGGCCACAAGUCACUCAGCUCUUCUAAGUUCCUGGUUAAAUGUAUUUGAUUGUUUCUUGUCUGUGGAGAAAUCAAAGUUUCCGAUUUCCACAGCAUUGGAACUCCAAAGUUAUUCAGAAUCUGUUUUGUCUGGAAAAGCAUUCAGUGUCGGUAGUACAGGAAUGACGUUGCUGAGAAAAUGUUGAUUAGUCUGAAUGCGCUAAGAUUUCUCUGGUUAUUUGACCUUGAGGAAGUUUAAAACAGGGAAAGCUAGAUUUUCAUAAUUUCCAAAAAUUUAGUAUUGUGAAAUGUUACUUUAUAAGGAACCACUUCUAGAAAUAUUUGUCCUUCAGGGAAAAUAUAAUCAUUACUGCUUCCCCCUUUUCCCCCCAAAUGUAUCCUUUCAGUGUGUAAAGGUAGGGACAUAUUUUACCUGCCACUGACUUUCAUCGGAUUGGGUUGAUGUUGUGUUUUUCUCCAUUAGUAGGAGAUUCACAUCAUGAAAAAAUUAUGAAAUGCCAACAAAUAAUUAGGAAAACUAGACUGCAUCUAAUACAGAAUUAUGGAGAAAGGGCUGGCAAUAUUGGAUUAUUAUUAUUAAUAAUAAUAAUAAUAAUAAUAAUAAUAAUAAUAAUAAUAAUAAUAAUAAAAAGUUGGAAGGGACCUUGGAGGUCAUCUAGUCCAACCCCCCGC